AUGUGCGUUUUGCUUUACGCGCUGACCCUCGCCCUGUGUGCCUCUUUGAUGGAACUCAUGCCCUCGGUUGGAUUUGCCAUUGCAGCACAACGCAAUGCCUCCACGGCGCGCACCGCGGGUGGUGGGACCCGCCAAACCCGUCACCGGUUUCGGCCAGGGACUGUGGCCCUGCGUGAGAUUCGGCGAUACCAAAAGUCAACAAACCUAUUGAUCCGCAAACUGCCCUUUGCGCGCGUUGUGCGCGAGGUGGCCCAAGACUUUUAUCACACUGCCCCGCUCCGGUGGCAAGCCAAGGCCAUUGAGGCACUGCAAGAGGCUGCCGAAGCCUACAUUGUUCGCCUCUUGGAGGACGGCAAUCUUUGCGCCAUCCAUGCCAAGCGUGUGACGCUCAUGGUCAGGGACAUUCAGCUGGCGCGUCGCAUCCGUGGCGUCAAGGAUGGUCUCGGUUAG